GAAUGACGUGUCAAGCUUAUGUCUACGCACGCGCACAAUCAUAUGUUUUGCUUUUGCCACCGAAGCUAGCUAGCAAUAAAUACUAGUUUUGUCUGAAGUUACGUUGUAUCGGAGGCUAGCGGGGUUUACAAUAGAACUUGAAGAUGUACUGUAGAAAGGCUUAAGCUUAGCUAUCAUCAGAGAAGUGGACCGUCAAGGAAACGCCGCACCAGUAGGAUAACAACGUUAUAGUAAUUACUAAUCGAUACUAUUUCGUAACGUUCGCUAUAUAUGUAUUCAUUUUUGACCUACAGCUCUCAAUUGUUUUCACCAUUAUUAAACCAGAUUAGACAGUUUUCAUAUUGAUUCUACGGAAUGAACAUCAGUAUGGGUGCUAAAAAUAAGAAACGAGUGGUCCUUCCAAAUCGACCAGAUCCGCCCACUGUGGAGCAGAUCCUUGAGGACAUAAACCGAGCCUUUCCGAAUGAUCCAGUAUUCAGUGUGUUGGAUGGCAACCAAGAUGCCAACAGGGGAUCACCCGACAAUGAAGUUGAGACAAAGUACCUUCAAAGCCGCAGGUACUUGGAAACGAACGAGAGGCUUCAGGAGAUUAAAGGUGAACUUGUUCAGCGGAGGGAGGAACUGCGGGAGGCUGGAAAACAGUUGGAGAUCAGGGUGGCUGAGGUCAAAGGGAGAGCCCUCUGACCUCACUCCAAUAGUGUUAUCACACCUCUGGGCUGGGGAACAACCCGUUAAACCAAUUCAGCAGGAACAAACUUGACUUCCUGGAGUAGCACAGCCUCGGAAAUGGAAAUGGGAUAUAACUGGUUGUCCUUUGUGUCAGUUCAAUGUUGUUCCAAAUGGUUGCUGGCUAAAAAAAUUAUAAUCUUCAUGAAUUGGUCUGACUUAUCACAUUGUCAAAUAAAUAAGUUAUUUGUAUUGUC